CGCCACCGUAAUGGUCUCCACCACGUUAUAUGGGAGUUAUAGGGCCCUGGUCUUCAUCUUGACGUGCUUUGGUGCUUUAUUGCUAUAUGAUUGGUACAUGGCUGUAUAAGCAGUCUGUAAGCUAGAAUGAUGGCUCCUAUUAGGAGUGGCGAGGGAGGUGUGGAGAAAGAUAUUUUUGAAAAAAUUGCCAAUAAUGAUGUAGCUGGUCUUAAAAACAUACUACUACAAGAAAAUAUUAAACACGAUCUCUGCGAUGAAAAUGGAAUGACGCCCCUUCAACAUGCAGCUUACAAAGGAAAUAAGGAAAUAGUCCAGAUGUUGCUGGAUCAGGGUGCUGACGUUAACUCGGGAAAACAUGAACAUAGAUAUACUGCAUUGCAUUUUGCAGCUUUAUCUGGAAAUCCAGAAAUAUGUCAGUUACUGUUACAUGCUGGUGCUAAAAGUCAUGUAACAAAUUCUGUUGGCCGCACGGCUUCACAGAUGGCAGCUUUUGUAGGGAAUCACAAGUGUGUUGCAGUAAUAAACAAUCAUGUUCCAAAAGGGGAUGUUGACUAUUAUACUGUGACUCAUGGUUUAGAAACUGAACCAAAAUUACCACCAGCUCUUGCAUCCCUAUUGCACAAGUUCAUUAUGCAGGUGAAUGUUCAUCCAGUUCGUGUUGCUCUAAAUUUGCAAAAGGCUCCAGCUCUCUGUGAAAAGUUGGAUAAUGUUCAAAAAGUUUUAGAGUUAAUGCGGGAGAAAGAAAUGAAGAGAGGAUUUGAAACAAAUGAAGUAAUGGCAUUUAAAUUUCACUAUUUAAGCUGUAUUGUUGCAGAAAUUAACAAAUGUCGGAAGAGGCAGUUAGCUGCUCAAGAAAAGAGAACAGAAGCAAGUGAUAAUGGAAAGAAAGACUCUGUAAAUGAAGGGGAUAAAUCAGAGGAAACAAACGAAAGUGAGAAAAAGGAGGAAAGGAAGUUGGAACCAGUAGAAAUAUUUGCCAAACAAAUGCUUAAAAGUGGUCGAGGGGAAAAUAGUAAUCCCGAGUUCCAAGAACGUUUUCUAAGAGAAUGUGUCAGAGAAUUCCCUUUCAGAGAAAGUACCGUUUUUCGUCAGAUGGUUGCGAGUUUGGCUCAGCAUGAUUCCCCUUCAGCUUACUGUGUCAUAUCAGCAACCAUAAAUGGUCAGAGAGGUUUUGUGGAUGUUAAAGCUACCUGUUGGACUUGUGGGGAGGAGGGUGCACCAAAGAAGUGUUCAAAAUGUAAAGCAGUGCAAUACUGUGACAGAGAAUGUCAGCGUCUACAUUGGUUUAUGCAUAAAAAGGCAUGUGCUAGAUUGUCUCAGUCAAAAGAAGUUAAUGAAACCAAAACCCAGUCAAACGAUAAAACAUCUACAGAAUCUAAGACUGUUGAUUUGUAAUUGGUUGAUUUUUAUUGCAUUAACAAAAAUCUGUACUUACAUUUUUUGUCAAUCUUGUAUCUUCUAGUUCAUGUUACAUGUGAUAGCCUAAGUCAAAAAGCUUGAUUAGAGAAUAUUUAAAUAUGUUAUUAUUAACUAGGAAAAUCUAAGUAUGAAUGUGGAAUAAGAAAUGUUAUUUUUGCCAGUAGACAUCUUUAAAAUUAUUUUAAAACUUGCUACUGACUUAGAACAGUUGUAAUAGUGAACCACUGCAUAUGUUUAAUGCACAGUGAUUAUGUGAAUGAUUUCACAAUAAAGGC